CUUAGUGUCUAACAUCUCUCUCAGAGAAAAGAGACACCACACUGUCCCUCUGCACAUGACACACGGUGCUCAGCAGUGCUCCUCUAGGAAUCCGGCAAAAGUUUGGCAGCAAGCAGAGGAAUCUGUGUUCAACGGGCCAGUCUAAAGGGGGGGGCACUCUGCAGUUUUGGAGCGAGAGGAAAAAGCACAGGAGCUGGUUUGCACAGUCUUGGGUGUGGAAGACUUUGGUUGGCAGAUGUUCCUCCAGAAAGCCACUAACAGGAUGAAGAUAGUCAGCCACGUGGACCCUGAGAGAUUAGGCGCGGUUGGGUGGUAAACAGAUUAGCCGAGAGGCUCCAUCUUUAACCUUCUCACUCCUGUGACACCCAUCCUCCAAGCCCACAUUCACACGCACUCUCAGCCACAGGUUACAGCCUGUGCCAGAACACUCUACCGCUGCCCUCAGGGACCGAAAGUCUUCACUCCUCUGCUGCUCCUUCGCCCUCUGGUCUCUCAAUGGAAACCUGGACUUGGUGUCUGUGGAAGCGUACCUCAUCCCCAGUGGACCUCAGAUAAGUCACUGAAGACCGCUCCCCCCUUCAUCCCCAAAUGACUGGCUUUGCAUCCAAAAGGAAAUAAAGCAGUGCAUCAUGCCAUUGAAAACAGGACUAUUCCUCAUCCUGUUCUUGUUUACCCUCCAAGCCACCAGAAUCAAAGAUCUUAGAAGCAACGAUAUCUCAGGAAUCAGAAAUGUCAGAUACAGGCAUUUCCUUGGGGCAACACGACCAGUACGACAGAUACCCGCUGCACGAGUCUCAGUCGACCAGAGCAGGCAGCAUCGAGAAAAGAGAUCAGCGCUGUUCAGCACAGGGGUGAAAGUGUGUCCUCAGGAGAGCAUGGCAGAGGUCAUCUCCAGUCACAAAGCCUACUACAAACUGAGAGUCUGCCAAGAAGCAGUAUGGGAAGCUUUCCAGAUUUUUCUGGACAGAGUACCAGACACUGUGGAAUACCAACAGUGGGUAUAUGCCUGCCAGAGGGACUCUCUAUGUGUGGACGACUUGGCCCGAAACUUCAGCAGCACCCAAGAACACCUUGAUAUGGUGGCUAAGCAAGUGAGUUCUCAGGAGGAACUGGAGAGUGCCCUUGCCACACCAUCGGCACCAGGCGAGAAAUGUUCCAAGACUCCUGGAGAGCUACUUGUUAUGGGAUUAGAUCUGACUGGAACUGCAGCCCCUGUCCCUGCAGAGCUGGUGGAGCACAUAAUAGAGUUUAGCGUGACCGUGGUGGACCCAGGUUACAGCGACUUACUGAGAGACCCUGACAGCUUACAGUAUCAGGACGUCAGCCUUAACCUUCACGAGCAGAUGCUGCAAAUUUUCAGCAAACUUCCUGGGUUUAAGGAGAUUCGGCUGCUGGGAUUCCAAUCUGGAGGUGGUACAGUGCGCUACGCUGUGGUGUUUGAAUUAGAAGAGGACACUACAGAAGCAGCCCUAAAGGAUAUGGUGGCAAAGGCCCUGAGUGAGGAUAAGGCCCUGCCUUUGGACCUUCAUUCCCUCAGUUUUGAACCAGAGAGACCACAAGACCACAUAAGGUAUUUACCUGGGGGCAUCAUUACACGACCUACAGUGGCCAUCUCAGAAGAAAGUUCUGUGGCCACUAGCAUCUCCAUGAGCGAUGCAGCUUCUAAUGGAACACCAGGGAAGAGGGAUGAGGAGACAGCGGAGGGCACUACACAGGAAAUAUUCAAAGGUUUGCCUCCAGAGACUACAUUAGCAGGCACAACCGAGCGACCCCCUCCCGACACAACGGGACACUCGCAGCUGGAGGAGGAAAAGCUGAUCACAGAGAACACUCAAAUAGCUGAAGGACCUAAGAAGAACACUACUUUGGAUUACCCUUCAAAACCAUCUGAAUCUCAAAACGAUCUUGUAAAUGAAAUUUUCUUCACAGCUGCAACACCAAACUUAAAUUCCUUUGAAGCUGUAACUACUUCAGAUCAGGUCGGUUCAUCAGCUAUGCCGUCCACAGAGGUCCCUUCAGAAGUAGCUAUAAGAGGUGAUGUUAUUGGACCUAUGGAUAUUCCUUCAGAAGCUCCAUCCUUGGAACCUCCUGAAUCCAAUAGCCCACUAGACAGCCCUGAUGUAGUUAGUGAAAGUGAACCUAGUGAGACAGAGUUCCCAUUACCACCUAGCACUACAGAGAACACACAGCCAAUAGAGCCUCCACCAGUACUUGCCACACCUAAUCCAGUUCCUCCUGUAGACAUACCCUCUGUCUCCUCGGUAUUACCAGUAAUUCCUGAGAGCGAUCAACCAGAGAGGAUACCAGAUAGUGACAUAAACAUGCAGGAGGACGUAGAGCAGACAGAGGAGGAAACAGACACCAGUGACAAUCAAGACUACGGUGGAGGAUUCGAGGCAGAUGAGCACCCACAGUCCUCAGCUCCUGAUAUCGCUGCCAGUCAUGCCAGAGACCUGGUAGUGUUUUUUAGUUUGCGAGUGACCAACAUGGUCUUUUCAGAGGAUCUUUUCAACAAGAGCUCUCCAGAAUACAAAUCACUGGAGAACACUUUUCUCGAACUGAGGCAAAUCCCAGAACCUGAAAACUUGCCAAAGCCAGAGGUAUCCAAUAAACAGACUGAGAGGGAACAGAGGACAUUAGCCUCAAUACCGCUUCUUCCAUACCUGCAGUCCAACCUGACUGGCUUUAAGGAGCUGCAGAUUCUCAACUUCAGAAACGGCAGUGUGGUGGUAAACAGCAAGAUGAAGUUGGCCAAACCAGUCCCGUAUAACGUAACAGAAGCUGUGCACUGUGUUCUUGAAGACUUCUGUAAUGCUGCGUCAAAAAGACUAGACAUAGAAAUUGACCCUGAGUCGGUGGAUGUGGCAGCAGUGAAUGAUGGUGAUCCGUGCAAGUAUUUGGACUGUAAUGAAUUCUCCCGCUGUGUCGUAAACACACUGACUGCAGAAGCUGAGUGUUUGUGUGAUCCUGGCUACAGCACGGAGAACGGCCAGCCCUGUGAAAGCAUCUGUAACCUCCAGCCUGACUACUGCCUAAAUGGGGGGACCUGUGAAAUCAUAGCAGGCCAUGGAGCCACUUGCAGAUGUCCUUUAGGAAAAUUCUGGCACUAUCAUGGAGAGCGCUGCAAUGAACUGGUUUCUGUACCUGUUGACCCACUGCUUUUCGUAGCCUGCCUGAUUGGAAGUCUCACCGUGGUUUGUGCUGUGAUAGGCAUCUUGGUUUUUAUUAACAAGAAGUGCAUACGGACGAGAAAGACCGUGUCACUAGUGCAUUCACACUCCUCCCUCCCCUUUGAGGGUACUAUGAGAGUGAAUUCUGCUUUUGAGAAUGACGAGGGUAUCUUGACUCAUGUGUCGAGCAUCUGCUAUCCUAUAGGCUCUGACUCCGGGUCCUCUAUGCUCUCAGAACACGGCACAUUUAAGUCACAUUUGAGUUUUGAGAUCCCCAGACAACUCUACACAAGAAGAUCAGAAAGGCUAGUGCCGGAAAUGGUUGAUUUCCACCACUGUAUACCACACCAUGAUACAUGGCGGCUGUCUAAUGAACACAGGACCUCGUGCUGUUUUCUAAGGGGACCAGACAGUGACAGCUUUGAAGUGACCAUAUUAUAAUAGUGAUUUGAUGGCCAUUUCUGAGCUCAGCUCGGCACCAAAGGUCUUCAGUGGUCUUCUACACGAACUAUAUUCAACUCUGUUGGCUUUUUAUAGACACUUGGAAUGCACAUAAAGCUGAUGGUGAAGGUAAGCAUUGAAGCUCUCACCAAUCAACCAUGGAGCAAAUGGAAACACUCCAUUGAGUAAAAGCAAAAGACUGGUUUGGAAGCACGGUCAGACACUUAGAACUGGUUGGAUAUUGUUUUUUUCCUUGUCAAAGGUGAUUUUUUUGGUUCUUUCCUCACAAUGAGGUAUUUAUUUACAAAUGGAUACAUUUGGUGGUAUCACAGAGAACAUAGAUUAUAUGACUGCUCGAACAGUACUCAAACCUCUCUUCAGUAUUCCAAAAAAAGAAACUGAAUGUAAAAUAAGCUGUUCAUUUUUAUGCUUGUUAUUUAAUAAUAAUAAUAAUAAUAAAAAAACUAUUCAGACAGGAAUUAUGCCUAAUAUUCUUAUAAAGAUAUUAGGAUAACUAACAACCUUGAAAUAACCUAAAACUAUUUUGCAUGGAAAUGCAUGUUUCUCUGCAGUCGCUCGUGUUUUGAAAGCCAGACCAAAACACACAGGGGGGCAAGGAUUGAUUUCUUUUUUUAUUCACUUUUACAAUGAACAGAACAAAAUAAAAAAAGAAAACAAAAGCUUA